AUGUAUUCUCACACUUUCUACUUCGCUUUUGCCGCAGUGGUAUCUGCCUUGUCGCAGAAAUCUUUGCCGACUUGCAGAGAGGUUGAAAUACCCCUAACUGUAUCCGUACCACGCUUCAUCGUGAACAUAACAGUCCAAGACAAUUGGGAUGCCGCAGCUUUGACCUUCACCCUCACACGCCGAGACUCAGGAAGUGCAGCAGACCCGAUUCCCAUUGCCGGCAUGACGUCCGACCCAGUUGACAGCAACUUUACCAUCGGAGCGACGCUAUGUGGGACAGGGGGUACAACACUGGUGUUGACGCAUGGAAUCAUCGAGUCUAAGCGAUACUGGCGUCCUAACUUCUCUGGCGCUGAGAGGUACAGCCUUGUCGACGCAGCCAUGGCAGCCGGGUAUUCAGUGCUUAGUUACGACCGCAUCGGUGUCGGCUCCUCGUCCAUUGUGGACGCCCUCUGGGACGCCCAAUUCCAAGUCGAGGUCGCAGUUCUCGACUCUCUUAUCGCCUACUUACGUAGCACCGCCAAUGCCGCCAAGAUCGUCCUUGUUGGCCAUAGUUACGGGUCGUACAUCUCUGCCGCAUCCGCCAGCCACGUUGACAUCGACGCCCUCGUCCUCACGGGGUUUAGUGGUUCUUUGUCCUAUUUCGGGCCAUUUGUUGCCGGCGCCGGGUUUCGUGUGGCCAAAAUUCAGAAUCCCCGCCGUUGGGGACACUUAGACCCGGGCUAUCUAAUUUCUUCGGACCUAUACGCUGAGACGUACGCAUACUUUGCCGCACCUUCCUUUGACCAUCGCAUCGCCGAUUGGGCGCACAAUUUUGGGAGCGAACCGUUCGCCUCGGCGGAGCUCCCGUCACUGCUUGCUACUACCGUUGAGUUUGAGGCCAUUGCGGCACCGGUGCUGGUCCUCCAGGGGCAGUUUGACUUGUCGGCUUGCGGCGGCAAUUGCGUCGGCGUACUGAAUGAUACGAAGGCCCUGUUCACUGGUGCCAAGGUUAUUGAGACUAUUGAUAGUCUACCCGCUGGCCAUAACCUGAACCUCCACUACGUUGCUCCACGAGCCUUUGAGAUCAUGUUUGACUUUCUCAAGCGCCAGGGGAAAUAG